AUGCAAUCCGCUCAAUUGGAGUCGGAUGGACUGGCGACUCGCCAGAUCUUGAAUCCAAGUCGAGUCUCCAGAGCGUGGAAGCUCCUCGCAGGCUUCUGUGCCAUCCUGCUGCUUCUUGGCUACCUCAUUCUCUCAGUGGUAUUUAACAAACCCAACGAGAAACUCCUGGUCCAUAAAUCUGCGAGCACAAUCUGCGCCCUGUUCUUCAUCGCCAUCGCAUACUCCGCAUCGGUGGUCCUUGCGAUCGCUCAGCGCCACCGAAAGCUCUUCCUCCUUCGUUCGGUCUUCAUGCCCUAUAUGAUAAUCAACCUGCUCUCUCUAUUCAAUGUUCUCUUCAAUAUCCUCGGUCGCGAUCUCUUCCCGCUCAGUGCGCUCCGCGUCGUCGGCAUCGGCCUGCCCAGCGCAUUCUCCGUGAUCUACGGCAUCGCUGCCUUCCUCGUCUACCGCGAAUACGGACCUAGCCGCGGCCAUCGCGCCGAAGACGGCACCCCGCUCCUGAGCGAGGAAGAGAUGCAGCGCCGCCAGCUGCUUCGGCUUUUACAGGAACGCAACUCCGCGGCGCCCUCCCCGGAUCUCAUCCAAAAUACCUACCGUCUGGACCUUCCCACAAACAUGGAACCGGCACAAAAGCCCUGGAAUCGACACAUGGCCCCUCCGCGGACGCCUUUAGGACGGGGACGGGUUUGA